AUGUACAAUGCCCCCAGGGCCGCCACCAUCAUCUGCAAGGAGCCUGGAAAGCUCUACAAACUGGACAGGAUCACCUUCAGCCAAGUGGUCAAGCAGGCCGCCUUCAAGAAGCGAGAACUCUACAAGAGCGUCAUCGACAAAAUCGAAGUUUUUUCUUCCAUCAACGCUGUGGAAGAGGAAAGAUACGAGGAAGGCCAAUACGUGAUCAAGCAGGGAGAGCAGGGAAGCAAGUUCUACAUCAUCCUCGAAGGCCAGCUGGUGGCAGAAAAGACAGAAACCGCAUAUGAGCUGCCACGUGUGGUCUACAAGUACAAGGAGGGAGAAUACUUCGGAGAACUGGCCCUCCUGCACGACGUCUGCAGACAGGCAAGCGUAAAGGCUCAAACUUCCGUGCGUGUGGCCUACCUCGACCGGGAAAGCUUCAAGAGAAUCUUCGGCAGCAUGGAGGAUAUCCUGAAAAGAAACGAAGAGAAGUACAGCAUGUCUUCUGAGGAACUAAUUUGCUUUUCUCUUGAGUUUUCUGCGCUUGGCACUGAGGAGGCGAUUGUCCUCGUUGAGGAGGUCGCCGAUCCUCCGGAUCAGCCACACCUUCUCCACGUAUUUGUUGACGUUAAGGGAGGAGAGUUCCUUGCUUAUCUUCAUCAUGGAUUUGGAGUGCAGGGAAGGACGCUUUUCUUCGGCUAG